UUCGUUCCCCAGCAGGGUCCCCGUGUGACUUGGUACGCCUGCGGUCCGACGGUUUAUGAUGCAGCCCACCUCGGCCAUGCUCGAUCAUAUGUCAGCUUUGAUAUCCUUCGCCGUAUUCUGCGUGAAUAUUUUGGUUACGACGUUCAGUUUGUCAUGAACAUCACGGACAUCGAUGACAAGAUUAUCAUUCGCGCUCGCCAGCAGCACCUCGUGGCCCAAUUUCGUGCGCAGGCUCUUGAGGAUCCAGCCAGCUCCCUGUCCACCAUCACCCACGCCAUUGAGGAUGCUGGUCGGGAAGAGGAUCCCGAUAAACGCGGCAUGCUCGAAAAAGCCCUGGCGGAUAUCAACGCUGCCGAACGCUUGCAUCAAACCCAAGCCAACCCCACUGAAGGCCUUUUGCCCCUUAUUGAUGCUGCCGACUUUGCCCUCGCUCGCUACCUUGAUGCCAAUCGCACCACCGAUGAGUUUGACAAGGACAUUUUUCUCAAGCUCAGCCAGCACUGGGAAGCCGAGUUCUUCCAGGACAUGAGUGCGCUCAACGUUGAGCCAGCCGAUGUUAUUACUCGCGUGACGGGCUACGUGCCGCAAAUUGUGGCCUACAUUCAACGCAUCAUCGACAAUGGCUUUGCCUAUGAGUCGAAUGGAUCAGUUUACUUUGAUGUGACCAAGUUCCGCACCGACAAAGACCACACCUACGCCAAGCUGAAGCCCGAGGCAGUGGGCAACGACAAGCUCUUGAGUGAUGGCGAGGGCGCCCUCAGCGGCGCUGGCUCUGAAAAGCGCAACCAGUCUGACUUUGCUCUUUGGAAGGCCAGCAAGCCCGGCGAACCCUCAUGGACAUCGCCCUGGGGACAGGGUCGUCCGGGCUGGCAUAUCGAAUGCUCGGCCAUGGCCAGCGAUAUUCUCGGCGACAAUAUGGAUAUUCACUCGGGGGGUGUUGACCUGCAGUUCCCCCAUCACGACAACGAGUUGGCACAGAGCGAGGCAUACUUCCAGAAUGACCAAUGGGUCAACUAUUUCCUUCACUCGGGCCACCUUCAUAUCGAAGGGCUGAAAAUGUCCAAGAGCCUCAAAAACUUUAUUACCAUCAAGCAAGCACUCGAGACCUACACGGCCCGCCAAAUUCGUUUCAUGUUUCUGCUUCACUCGUGGACAGAUACUCUCAAUUACAGUGCGGAUGCUUUUGAAGAGGCUCAGGUUUACGAGCGAGUCUUCAAGGAAUUUUUUCUCAACAUCAAGGCUUUGUCGCGCGAGGCACAAGGCCGCGAUGCCGGCGAAAAAGAUCUGUUGGCCGUGUUUGAGACCAAGAAGCUGGCCAUUCAUACUGCACUCUGCGACAACAUCGACACGGCUACGGCUAUGCAGCAUGCCCGUGACCUCGUGUCCGAGUGCAACACACGCUUGCAGAGCAUGAGUGCCCUUACCCACGCCAUGCGCGCUGUGGCCGAAUAUUUGACCCGCCUGUUUGUGUGCUUUGGUUUGAUUCCUUCCGGGGAAGAGAUUGGUUUUCCCCGGGAUGACGGAACCGUCAGCGCGGAGGCAGUGCUAAUGGAGCCCCUUCUUCGCUUUGCCGAGCUGCGUGAUCAGAUUCGCCAGCUCGCACGCGCCAACAAAGAUAAGGAUGUUUUGGAGCUGUGUGACAAAGUGCGCGAUGAGGCGCUGCCCAAAUUGGGCGUUCGCUUGGAGGACAAGGAAUCUGGUGCCGUUGUCAAAUUGGUCGAUGCGGAAGAGCUCAUGCGUGAGAAAGAGCAGGAAGCCGCCUUGAAGGCCGCCAAGGAAGAGGAGAAGCGACGCAAGGCUGCUGAGCGGGCCGCUGCGGAACGCAAAAAGCUCGAAAAGGGCAAGCUUGCGCCUGCAGACUUGUUUAAGGACGAUCCGGAGUUCAAGGACUGCACCUUUGACGAGCGCGGUGUACCUGAGCGUGAUGCUGAGGGCAAUGAGCUGCCCAAGUCGACGAAAAAGCGCGUGGAAAAGGCGUACAACAACCAGGCCAAGCUGCAU